GGGAGGCGCAAGAGUUUGUGAAGGACUGAAUCAUUUACAGGACUAAAUACCUAUAUUCUUGUCGUCGUCCUCAGGGUCUUCUUCUUGCUUCCUCAACCUUCUUAGAGAGAGAGAGAGAGAGAUGUCGGACGAAGAGCACCACUUUGAGUCGAAGGCCGACGCUGGGGCCUCCAAGACCUACCCGCAGCAGGCUGGUACUGUACGCAAGAAUGGCUACAUAGUCAUCAAGGGCAGGCCAUGCAAGGUUGUAGAGGUCUCCACCUCAAAAACUGGCAAGCAUGGGCAUGCAAAGUGCCACUUUGUGGCAAUUGAUAUAUUUAAUGGCAAGAAGCUUGAAGAUAUUGUUCCUUCAUCCCACAACUGUGAUGUGCCCCAUGUUAAUCGUACUGACUACCAGCUGAUUGAUAUCUCCGAAGAUGGUUUUGUGAGUCUUCUGACCGAAAAUGGAAGCACCAAAGAUGACCUGAGGCUUCCCACCGAUGAAAAUAUGCUCAGCCAGAUUAAAGAUGGGUUUGCAGAAGGCAAGGACCUUGUGCUGUCGGUCAUGUCAGCAAUGGGAGAAGAGCAGAUCUGUGCCCUCAAGGACAUUGGUCCUAAAAACUAAAUUUGUGGCCAUAGCAGUAGCAGUAGCAGUAGCAGUAGCAAUAGCUACAGCUAAGCAAAUGUGUUCUGACAGAUUUUUAUAUCUCUAAAAUAUUCGUGUGCAAAAAACUUUAUUAAGAUGGUACUUAGCUGUGUAACUGGAACUGAUUCCCGGGUUUGUGCUUGUAGGUGGAUAGAAAACAAGUGCCAUUAUCUCCUUCAGGGAGAGGCCUUGCUUUUGGGUGGGACGUAAUUGAUGCUAUACAUAAGUUGCAUUCGAAUAUCAUGUUAUAUAUGUGUGACUAUGCUUAAGCUCAUUGAUGCAACACUUCUCCAUUUUUGGAUUUCUGUGUCUUAUUAUAAGCCCUUGUGGUUUUAUUUUAGAAUCUUGGGUUCGAGUUACCAAAUAGUCUCUUCGUGAUAAGAUAUCUAACUUCCUAAAGGCCUCAUAAUGCGGAGUUUUUAUGCAAUGGGGCAACUUUUUAGUGGAGUCAUUUCUGGCACAUCACAGUUGUCUAUGUUAUACUUUAGGUUCAUUGCUAAAGCCCACGUUGUCAUCAAUUGUAAAAUACUCAGACUAAUUCUCCA